GGAGCUGGAGAUGGAGGAGCCGCAGAACCAGCGCGACAAGCGCGUCGAGGAGCUCUGGAAGAAGCUCGACCCUGCUGGACAUGGGGAGCUCGACCUCAAGGGGCUGCAGAAGGGGUUGAGGCGUAUCGACCACCGUAAGGUGCCCUCCCUCCUCCGGGCCCCGCCGGAUCAAUGGGAACGAUGUGCUCAUGCAUUCUGCUUGCAGCUCUGAAGAACGCCGACGAGAUGCUCAAGGACAUCAUCAGCGCCGUCGACACUAGCGGCGACGGCAAGAUCCAGUACGAAGAAUUCCGCGUCUUCGUCGAGGCCGCCGAGAGGCAGCUGCUCCAACUGUUCCGGUCCAUCGACCGCGACAAGGACGGCCGCUUGAACAAGGAGGAGCUCCAGGCUGCUUUCCGGCGCGCUGGCCUGUCGGUUCCGAAGAGGAGGCUAUCGGGCUUUUUCGACGAGAUCGACCUCAACCAUGACGGCUUCAUCACCUUUGACGAGUGGCGUGACUUCCUGCUAUUCAUGCCCACCAACCACAAUGGCUCGCCAUUAGAGGCCGCAUUCUCGUUCUAUUCAUCUAUUGUCACGGUCAACCCAGAGGGUGAUUCGCUGGUCAGCGAUGAGACUCUAGAGGGUCUAGGAUACUUCCUCGCCGGUGCCGUUUCGGGUGGUGUGUCGCGAACUGCAACCGCGCCGCUGGACCGCCUUAAAGUCUAUCUCCUCGUAAACACCAAGACCAGCUCCAAUGUGGCCAUCGCUGCUGCAAAGCAGGGCCGCCCACUCGUUGCCCUGCGGAACGCAGGGGGACCCAUUGUCGACGCCAUCGUGAGCCUCUGGAAGGCCGGUGGACUGCGCACCUUCUUUGCGGGUAAGCUGCUUCUGGGCUGGAGUCGCGUGCUGAGCGGCACUGACAGCCAUGCAGGGAACGGUCUCAACGUGGUCAAGAUCAUGCCGGAGUCUGCCAUUCGGUUCGGCUCUUACGAAGCAUCCAAGCGAUUUCUCGCUGCGUACGAGGGCCACAACGACCCGACGCAAAUCAGCACCGUUUCGAAGUUCAUCGCUGGCGGCAUCGGCGGCAUGACAGCACAGUUUUGCGUCUACCCAAUUGAUACCCUCAAGUUCCGACUGCAAUGCGAGACCGUUAAGGGUGGCCCGCAAGGCAACGCGCUGCUCCUCCGCACGGCGAGGAAGAUGUGGGCGGAUGGCGGUCUCCGCGCAGCCUACCGCGGUCUCGGACUGGGACUUGUCGGAAUGUUCCCCUACAGCGCCAUCGACAUUGGCACCUUUGAACUGCUCAAGAAGUCGUACACCCGAGCGGUGGCGCGCUACUACGGCAUCCACGAGGACGACGCUCAGCUUAGCAACGUCGCCACGGCGGUGCUGGGAGCGACUUCGGGCGCCCUGGGCGCUACCAUUGUCUACCCUCUCAACGUUCUCCGCACCCGGCUGCAGACCCAGGGCACCGCGAUGCAUCCGCCCACAUACACGGGCAUCGUCGAUGUGGCGACCAGGACGGUCCGCAAUGAAGGCGUGCGCGGCCUCUAUAAGGGCUUGACGCCCAAUCUCCUCAAGGUCGCCCCCGCGUUGAGCAUCACCUGGGUGUGCUACGAGAACAUGAAGAGCCUUUUGAAGCUGAACUAGCGGCAAUCAACGACGCCGCAACCGGACAGCAGGCGUUUCGGUGUGUAUAUACGAGGAGACCGUCGCCUGCGACCUCGCAACCUCACCGGACGGCUCGUGGAGGAAGAGCAGCGAGCGUCCAGCAUCAUGGCCGGCGUCAGGGGAACACUGGGAUUGCUUGGUCCAUUUGCAUUUCUGACCUUGUUGACAUUUUUGAGUGCCACAUUGGCCGC